AUGGGAGACCUUUUUUCCUUAUUUUGGGAGAUGGAUCCUCCUCCCAAACCUUUAACCAUUCCAAAUCAGGAUUAUGAAUGCCGUAAGGAUGACUCUUGUGUGGUAAUAGGGAGCUUCCUGCUUUGGUACUUUGCCAUUAUCUCGAUCCUGAUGUUCUUCUCUAGGACUUCUGUCUGGAUUUCUGAGAAAAACAAAAAAGAUGGAGACAGUGGGACGAGUGCUUCAGUAAGUAAAGCAAGCAAAGAUGCUUCCUAUAAGCAGCACAGCAAAGAUGAUAUCUGGGACUCUUUACAAACAGUGAAGAAACCAAAGCAUAUCCAACUGACCCCCGUAACUGACUCAGAAGUGGCUUUGAUCAAUGCCUAUCUUGAACGAAGACGAGCCAGGCGCCAUUUGCAAUUCAACCAGAGGAAUCAGAUCCAACAUGAUAGUGAUACUACCGACUAUGACAGUGAAGAAUCUAACUCGGGACUCUCCUCGUGGAAAGAGAGUGCUAGUGAACACCAGCCAUCACCAGCCAGUAUCAAGAGGAGAAAAAUAGCCCAGAGGCAAAAGAAUCUGGGAGGUUACCAAAUUAGGGAAAGGCCCUGCCUCCAUUGCAAAGCCAUGAGAACCAACGAGUGGUUGACGCGCCAUUUCCUUCAAAACACUUCACUAGCAACUCCAAAGAAGGGAGAUAUUCAAGAGGAAAAUUCUAUACCUGACGUUAACACAAAAUUCAGUAAAUUUUGA